AUGGAGCAGCAGCAAUCCCAACAGCAACAGGGCCAGCAGCAGGCCCAGCAGCAGGGCCAGCCCACUGCUCCUCAGGCUGCUGGCGGUGUUCAUGGUCCCGCCGGACGUCGGCUGCACAUUGCUCAUCGUCGCAGCCCGUCCGAGCUGACCCCCUUGAUGAGCAUGUUUGCCAAUCCUGGAAUGGAACAAUUGGCUAUCCAGCAGCAGAUUGAGCUUCUGCAGCAGCAACAGCAGCAGAUCCAGGCCACUCACCAGCAGUAUGUCAAUAUGGGAAUGAUUCCACCCGGCCAGCCCAUGGCCCCUAAUGGAGCGUUCAAUCCUUUGCAACCCAUGGGCAACAUGUCGCAAAAUGCUUUCCAGUUUCCCAACCAAAUACCCCAAAACGUUUCGAUGGCACCUCCCUCGCAGCCGCUCUCCCAUCGGCGCAACCAGUCUGCCCUCCCCAACAUGGGUAUGGGCCCUCCUCCCGCCCCGUCUGCCGGAGCAUCGGGCUCGGCCUUUGGCAACUUCGAAGCCCCCCCGAGCGGCCACAACCGAGAGAAUAGCAGCGCCCGAGGUGGAAGAGGCGGUGGCGGUGGCCAUCAGCGACGCCAUUCUCUGGCUCUUGCCGAUGCCAAAAAGGCCGCCGAAAUUGCCCAGCAGAAGCGCACGACGACUGGCUUCCAGUUCCCCGGCCCUAAUGCUGGCGGCGACAAGCCCGACGAAGAGAACAACAGCGCCUCUCAACCCAGCGCCGAUGGUCUUGCCCCGUCGUCUGCCAUCCGCGGCGGCCGCGGCGGACAUGGUCGUAGCCAGAGCAUGGCUGUCAACGGACGCGGCGCUGCUGGCAGAGGCAACUUCAGCCUCGGCGGUGAUGCCGACUUUCAACGCCGUGGCAGCGGUCACAACCGCACCGGUUCGCGUAGCUUUGAGGGCAACUGGCGCACCCAAGGCCAGAACCAGGAACAGGGCAGCGCCGGUCAGACCCAGUCCUUCCAGCCUGGUCACAGAUCUCGCGGCUCCAUGAACCAGUCUGUGUCCUCCAUUGGUGCCUUCCAGUACAACCCUGGCAACCUCCAGCUUCCCGGCCAGAUGAUGAUGCCCCAGAUGUAUGGCCAAAACCUGAACCCUGUCCAGCUUAGCCAGCUUCAGGCUCUGCAGGCUGCUCAGAUGAGCGGUCAACAGUUCCAGGGCUUGCAGGGUCAACAGGGUGGCCAGCUCGGCGGCCAGCAGCAGCAGCAACAACAGCAGCAGCAGCGCAAGACACUCUUUACCCCCUACCUCCCCCAAGCCUCGCUGCCCGCUCUCCUCGGGGACGGACAGCUCGUGUCUGGAAUCCUUCGUGUCAACAAGAAGAACCGUAGCGACGCCUAUGUUACCACCCAAGAUGGACUUCUCGACGCCGACAUUUUCAUUUGCGGUUCCAAGGACAGAAAUCGUGCCCUCGAGGGCGACCUUGUCGCGAUUGAGCUGCUUGACGUCGACGAGGUCUGGUCCCAGAAGCGCGAGAAGGAAGAGAAGAAGAAGCGCAAGGACAUCACCGAUACCCGCUCCAACUCGACCAACCAGGGCAACCAGAGCUCCAACCGUACCGACGAUUCUGGCAACGCCGAGGGUGGUCUCCGCCGCCGUGGCAGUCUCCGUCAGCGCCCUACGCAGAAGAAGAAUGACGACGUUGAAGUUGAAGGCCAGAGCUUGCUACUUGUUGAGGAAGAGGAGAUCAACGACGAACAGAAGCCUCUUUAUGCUGGUCAUGUUGUCGCUGUCAUUGAGCGCGUCGCUGGCCAAAUGUUCUCGGGUACCCUCGGUCUCCUUCGUCCUAGCAGCCAAGCUACCAAGGAGAAGCAGGAGGCCGAGCGCGCUGCUCGUGAUGGCAGCACUGGUCGCAACGAUUCGCGCCACCAGGAAAAGCCCAAGAUCGUCUGGUUCAAACCUACCGACAAGCGUGUUCCUCUUAUCGCCAUUCCCACUGAGCAGGCUCCCCGCGACUUUGUAGAGAAGCACCAGGACUACGCCGACCGCAUCUUUGUCGCUUGCAUCAAGCGCUGGCCCAUCACUUCGCUCCAUCCCUUUGGCACCCUUGUGGAGCAGCUUGGGCCUAUGGGAGACCUCAAGGUUGAGACGGAUGCUCUCCUCCGCGACAACAACUUCUCUUCCGACGAAUUCUCCGAUGCCGUUUUACGCAGCGUGGGCCUUCAGGACUGGGACCUCACCAAGGAAGACGAACCUUCAGUCUCUGCUCGUCGGGAUUUCCGCGAGGAGCAGACCUUCACAAUCGACUUCAAUGGUGGUGCCGAGCUUGGCAAUGCCGUUCACGUCAAGACAGGCUCCGAGGGCAAGAUUGAGAUUGGUAUUCACGUUCCUGACGUCGCCCACUUUGUCAAGCCCAACUCUCUUGUUGACCGUGAGGCUAAGAAGCGUGGUACCUCUGUCCAGCUCGUGGACCGCUUCUGUGCGCUACUCCCGCCCAAGUUGGCUGGUGAGGUCUGCUCCAUUACCCCAGCAGAGGAGCGUCUCGCGGUCAGUGUCGUCUUUAGCGUCAAUCCCCACACUGGAUCUGUUGCCGAGAGCGAUGCUUGGGUUGGAAGAAGCAUUGUUAAGAGUGUUGGCAAGCUGUCGCUCGCUGAUAUUGAUGCUGCCGCCAGCGACGAGUCUGCUUACAAGAAUGAGGCCGUUCCCCUGCAGACUGUCAAGAUUCUUCAAGCCGUGGCUCAGAAGUUCCGCGAGGCCAGACUUGGUGCUGGCGGUGAGCCAAUUGCACCCCUCCGCCUGUUCCAGCAGCUUGACGACGAGAACCAGCCGGUUCAGUUCAACAUUUUCGACUCCACCGAGUCUCUUGAGCUUGUUGAGGAACUCAUGCACAAGGCCAAUGCCUACAUUGCCCAACGUCUGGCGCAAGGAUUGCCCGAGAAGGCUCUCCUUCGUCGCCAGUCUCCCCCCAACCCGCGUCGCCUCCAGACUUUUGCUGAGCGUAUGAACGCCCUAGGCAACGAUAUCGAUGCAUCGGGAAGCGGUGCUCUGCAGAACAGUCUGUUCCAAGUCGAAGACUCUGAGCUCCGCCAGGGUAUGGAGACUCUGGUUGUCAAGUCGAUGCAGCGUGCCAAGUAUUUCAUUGCGGGCAAGACUCCAAAGCAGCUGUGGCAGCACUACUGCUUGAACCUGCCUCUUUACACUCACUUCACUAGCCCGACUCGCCGCUAUGCCGACAUUGUUGUCCAUCGCCAGCUUGAGGCUGUUUUGUCCGAGGGCAAGAUUGAGUACACUGAAGAGAUGGAGACUCUCGUCAAGACUGUUGAAUCGGCCAAUACCAAGAAGGAGUCUGCUCAGAACGCCCAGGAGCAGAGUGUCCACAUCGAGGCUUGCCGCAAGAUGGAUAAGCAGCGCCAGGAUACCAACGGCGAUCUCAUUACCGAGGGUAUCGUCGUCUGCGUGUACGAGUCUGCUUUCGAUGUCCUUAUUCCUGAGUGGGGCUUUGAGAAGCGUGUACACUGCGAUCAGCUGCCGCUCAAGAAGGCCGAGUUUCGAAAGGAGAAGCGUAUCCUCGAGCUGUACUGGGAGAAGGGUGUGCCAAGCUCCGCUUACGUGCCUGAGGACGAGCGCCCCAAGGCUGCCGCUUCUCAGAGAAUGACUAACGCCAUGGCCGCUGCCAAGCAGGCCGAAGCGGCUGCCAAGGCUAGAAAGGAGAGGGACGAGGCUACUCGCAAGCAAACCGAGACCGGCACCAUGUCUACCGACGAUGUCGAUGCUCUGUUUGACGAUGACGAGGAGGACAACACAUCGGACGUUACCGAGGCCAUGGCUGGUGCUUCCCUUGGCGACCGCCCUACGCAGAGCGUUCCUAGCUCGCCCGACCGCUCUGCCUCGGAUGCUACCGCUCUUCAACGUGCUCGCUCCGACUCGAGAAUGCCCAUUACCGACGCUGUCGAGUCGCGCCUGACCAAUAAGGAAAAGUACCUGAAGCUGUUCAAGCUUCGUGAGGAAGAUGGCGAGUACAUCCAGGAUGUGACGGAGAUGACAAGGCUGCCCAUCAUCCUUAAGACGGAUCUCACCAAGAGCCCACCCUGCUUGACCAUCCGAUCCCUCAACCCAUAUGCCCUUUAA